CCAGAUGGCAGCAAAUCUUUUCCAGCUAAAGUUAUGACGGAUAAAAACUGACGAAGAAGCCUAUAGAGCAUUUCAGAAUUUUUUUAUAUAUAUCUUUUACCCACAAAGUUAAAAUACAAUCAACUUUUUAGACUAAAUAUCAUGUUUAAUUAGUCUCUAUAAAUUGCUAAAAAAAACUUUGAAGCAAGGAUAAAAAUUAAGGAACUUUGUUUUGGCUAAAAGUAAAUAAAACUCUUGAGCAGACAUGUUUGAAUUUUCAGGACUUUAAUGGUUACCACUUUAAUGGUUACAGCAGAAAGACUUCUCCAGCAUCAUCAGCCUGACAAAAUGAGCGACCCAAAGGCAAAGGAUCCUGCAGUGAAUGAGGGAGACGAUUCAAACCCAGAAUCUGGAAAAGGAAAGGGAAAGAACAAGGACGGACAUGGACAUGGACAUG